AUGUCACCAUUCUUGAGCAUGAGCAAUGCAGAGAAGCACACAUCCGCAAAACAGGAUGCUCAGCCUGAUCUGAGAAAUCUGAUGGCACAAUAUGCUCUGCCGGAUGUCCAUCGAGUCGCCAAAGACCUGGAAUCUAUGAGCACCUUGGAAGCAACCUCGGCAGGUCGUACUGCACUAGAGCAGUUCAAUAUCGCUCUGAAAGCAAACAGCACUAAGGGACUGGAGAAUCUCGGCGCCUAUGACUACGGUGUCGAAGCAGCCGAUAAUCUAUUCAUGAUGCUGCCCACAAUAGUAGACGCUCAACUCGGCCGUGGACUAUUUACACAACUAGCUUCUCAGGAACCUGACCGCUAUACACCUCUCAAAAACCUUGGAUUCCCUGUUUUUGAUAGUAUGGAUCCUGAUGCUGCGUUAAUGCACAACCUUGUCGAGCGCGGAGGAGGUCAUUAUGUCGAUACAGGCGCUACUUCCCUCUUAACGGACCAAAAAGUCUCCUUUGUAGCUAACGUAGAACCCAAGGUAUACACACCCACCGGCCUUCUCCUCUCCGAUGACUCAACACUAGACACGGAUGCCGUGAUCUGGUGCACAGGGUUUGCAGACAAGGACGUGCGGCAAACAGUCAAAGAGAUACUCAAAAUUUCAUUGCCGGUGGAUGCUACAUGGGGUGUCAAUGAACAGGGAGAGAUUCGGGGUAUGUGGAGGAGACAUAGCCAGGUCAAAAAUUUCUGGGUCAUGGGUGGGUAUACGCAGCAACAUCGGUGGUUCUCACAGUUGCUGGCUCUGCAGAUUAAAGCUGAGCUUGAGGGUAUUCUGCCUGAAGCUUAUGGCAUGGACAUGCCUGCAUAUGCAUAG